AUGACAGCCCAGUGGGAAACAACUGAUGUUCUCAUCUGCGGGUGUGGACCCACAGGAGCCAUGUUGUCAGGAUUUCUGGGUCAGCUGGGUGUUCGCAAUAUCAUUCUUGAGAAGGAAGCUGCGAUCACCACCGACCCUCGAGGUAUCGCCCUUGAUGAGGACGGUAUUCGACUCAUGCAGGGCCUUGGGUUAUAUCGACACAUUUUCACGGAGGUUGGAUCAUCGAUGCCGAAGAUUCGAUUUAUUAGUGGGAAAAAGCACAGUCUACAUGCCAAGCCCUUUCUCUACUUUGAUACUGCAUCGAGCGAAGGAAAUACGGGUCACGUCGGCGUACUUGCCCACAAGCAGCCUAUACUUGAGAAGUACCUUCGAUCUGCCGUCGAAGGCAACGAAAGCUGUGAACUACGAAGCAGCUGCACUCUGACAUCUAUCUCUGAAGACAAGGACUGGGUCUACGCGACAUAUACAGACGCAUCGGGCACCGAGAAGAGACUGCGUGCCAAGUUUCUCGCAGCCGCGGAUGGAAAAACCGGCUUCACUCGCAAGAUGUACUUGGAGCAGAAAGGAAUUCGUCUUGACUGGGCAGAAAAAACCAAGUAUGAAGAAACCUGGGUCGCAUUGAACUGGAAACUUCACCUGCCAACGAGAGAAACACACCCAUCAUUCCCUCUUUGGGAUCUUGGAUACACUUCUGAGGAGGUGUAUGACCUCUUCUUUCCCGCCGAUUUUCGAUUCCUGUGCAAUCCAGACCGACCAGCCGUGUGCGGCAGAUUUGGUCGCCCAGAGGAUCGUCUUUGGCGAUUCGAAUUUGUGAUCUCGUCUGAUGAGGAUGGAAUGGAAAUGGCGACGCGAGAUAGAGUUCGUGAGGUAGUAUUUCCUUACUUGACGCAUCCAGGGAGUCGAUAUGGUCUAAAGGAGAAGGUCGAGUACCCCGAGGACUGUAUCGAAGUACUGCGCUCUCGACCAUUCCGCUUUUCAGCUCGAAGCUGCAAUAGAUGGGCACUGGGCCGAGUAAUUCUUUGCGGUGAUGCAGCUCAUGUUUUCCCGCCAUUUGGAGGGCAGGGGAUUACAUCUGGAUUUCGAGAUGCAGUCUCACUGGCCUGGCGCCUGGCCGUCGCAUGUCAAUCAGGACCCAUAAUAGAUCAUGAGAGACUCUUGAGAGGAUGGUACUUGGAACGCAAACAGCAACUGGAAAAGUCCCUUGCAGCCACUGUCCGAAAUGGGGACAUGGUCAACGGCAAGACUUGGUCUCAUAACUUCAUCCGUACCUGGGGUCUUUGGUUUCUCCAACUUGUCCCAUCGGUGAAACAGUCGAUGGAGCGGGGCCCUCGAGGCGACGGUCCAACGAAGUACAUUCAUGAAUCUGGCAUGCCAUUUCUGCCGGACUUUGGUGGUGGUCUCAAUUUUCCGCAGACGUAUUGCAUCGGGAUGAGCCAAAAUGCGACGGUGCAGUUUACUGAUGAUGUGAUAUUCUCUGGUAAAAAUGGGAUUUUUCAACUCGUCGUUCUCCUCAACGAUGCCGAUGGGCUGAAUUCCGCGAUGAAAGAUCUGAGUGAGCUCACUGUGGAAAGUCGUCUGCUUUCUAUAGAUGAAGCUACUAUCUUCAUACCUCGCAUCUCUUGUGAGUCGGUACCUAAGGAUCGGCUAUGUGUAUUUGAGGGCAAGGUCUUCCGCACGGCCACAGACGAGGAAUUUGCUCAGACGCCUCUCUGCGAUUCCAGACCAGAGCCACGCGGAUACAAUGAGAAGCUUAUGUGGGACAGUGUUGAGGGAAAGCGAUACGUGGUCUUGCGAUUCGAUCGGUUUGUGUUUGGGGCUUGUAAGGAUAGGACCGAGCUGGAGUAUGUUGCCCAAAGCCUGAACGAGAUGUUCUAG